AUGGAGUACCCAAUCCACACUGGCUACAACUUCACAUCAACCAUUCACAAUGACAUAUACCCGCAAAUCAACCCUACCAAAUCCGAUCUCUCUCAGCCAGGGAAGGUAGUCUUGAUUACCGGCUCUGGUCGUGGAAUUGGCGGUUCGACUGCACUUCGUUAUGCCGAAGCUGGUGUCGCUGCUAUCGUUCUCUGCGCACGAACAGCUUCGCAGAUCGACGAGACUGAAUCGCAGAUCAAGCAGAUUAAUCCGGAUGUUCGACUCUACAAACACGCUGUAGAUGUUACGGACGAACAACAAGUUUUCGCAAUGGCUGAUGCAGUCCGUAAAGCUGAGGGCAGGCUCGAUGUUCUCAUAAACAACGCAGGUACCACCGACAAAUGGGAAACUAUCACAGAAGGGGAUAUCGAGGCAUGGCUGAAGUGUUGGGACCUCCAUAUCAAAGGAACCUAUUUGAUGUUGAAGGCUUUCCUUCCCCUGCUUACGGAGACGGCAGAGAAGCAGAGCACUGUUGUCGACGUCCUCAACACGACGACGAUUGCUGCCCAUCUUAGCAUGCCGGGAGGUUCCGCAUACAUGGGUUCCAAAUUUGCUCUCAUGAGGCUGUCGGAAUUUGUUGCUUCGGAGUAUGCAGACAAAGGGGUCAACUGCAUGUCUCUGCAUCCUGGAGGUGUGGAUACUGGGAUUGCAAAGGAUCUUGGUCCAAUGGUCCAAGCUGCAAUGACUGAUACUGCCGAACUCUGCGCUGGGUUCGCUGUCUGGCUGACUAAGGGUCAACGAACUUGGCUAAAUGGGCGAUAUGUGGCUGCGACAUGGGAUGUUGACGAGCUGGAAGACAAGAAAGAUGCGAUUCUUGACGGAGAUAAAUUGAAGAUGCGUAUGGUCGUCUAGCCGUUAGGAUUACCAGCUCCCACAUUCAUUGUUCAAUACCCUCAGAUGUCAGGCCAAGAUGUCUCAAUGCCUUCCCGGAGCAACGUUUUGUGAAAUUCUUCAAAGUUCGCUUUCUCACUCUGCACAUCGUGUGGAUGAAGACCAGUAUCCAGGCAGUGCGCCACCAACAGCCCGGCGGCUUCCCCAAUGUUCCACUCGACUGGAUGCAAGCGGUAGCAGCCAUUCGUGAUGUGCGUUGUGCCAAUAUUCUUGCAGCCUGCGAGGAGAUUGCUUCGUUGCUGUGGGAUCAACGCACCGAGGGGAAUCUGGAACGGGCAACAUGCCACAUCGAUGUAGCUAUCUCCGCCUGUGGAAGGAUGUAAAUCGAUCCGGUACAUGCCUACCCC